AUGGGCGAGGCCGACCAGCAGCCCCCGACCGGCCACCGCCGAGCGCCCACCCCGCGCCGCUUCCCGCUGCUGCUGCUGCUGCUGGUGGCGGAGGUUCUGCCCGGCGGCUCUGCAGCGGCACAAUCGGAGCCGGAGCUGCCGCCACCGCCGCCGCUCUUGGUGGCCACGCUGGACGGGCGCCUCCGCGCAGUGAACCCGGCCACGGGGGACGCCCGGUGGACGCUGAAGGAGGAUCCGCCUCUGCUGGUGCCCCGCCGAGAGCCCGAGCCCGCGUUUCUCCCCGACCCCAGCGAUGGCAGCUUGUAUGUGGUGGGGGGCAAGGACAAAGGGGGGCUGAUGAAGCUGCCUUUCACCAUCCCGGAGCUGGUGCAGUCUUCUCCAUGCCGCAGCUCUGAUGGCGUGAUUUACACAGGGAAAAAGGAGGACACCUGGUUUCUUGUGGAUCCAGCAUCAGGGGAGAAGCAGAGUGUGCUGUCGCCAGAGGCCUGGGAUGGGCUGCACCCCACAAGCCCCUUGCUGUUCAUUGGACGCAGCGAGUAUGUCAUCACCAUGUAUGACACCAAGGCCCGGGAGCUGCAGUGGAAUGCCACCUACCUGGACUACUCCACUCCUGUCCAUGAGCAGGAUUCUGACUAUAACAUGGCCCAUUUUGCCUCAAGCGGAGAUGGUUGGUUGGUGACGGUGGGCAAGGAGAGUGGAGAGCUGCUCUGGGUCCAGGACUACGGGUCACCCGUGGUGGGCGUCUACAGCUGGCACCAGGACAGCCUGCGUCGGGCACCCCACCUCAGCAUAGCCAUGGAGAGCCUGCGCUACCUUAUCCUGCAUGCUCAGAAGAUCCCCCUCCUCAACUGGACCUUCCGGACUGGCAAGGACUUUGUGGCCAAGGCCCCCUUGCUCACAACCCUGUAUGUGGGCAAAUAUGCUGGGGGCUUCUACGCGCUGACAUCCCUGGUGCAUGAAGGCAUGGCCCUGGUGCCUCAGGGGGUGGCUCUGGCCCAGGGCAGUGGUCCCAUCACACGCGAAGUGACGCUCCAAAGGUCUGGCGAGUGCAAGAUCACACCCAGCACGGGCAUCCAGUACCCACCGGGCACCAUCUUCCUCCCCCACAGCCAGUGGCUGCUGAUAGGCCACCACGAGAUGCCCCCACUAGUCCACACCACCAUGCUGAGGGCCCCUCCUGGCAGCCUGCAGAGGAAACCGGAGGUUGUGGCACCACAUAAGUCCCGCGCUCACAGCCUCUUGGAAGAGUUCCUGGCCCCUGAGGGCCCACAGGAAGAUCUGGCUGAUGGUCGGCCCUGGGAGGAUCAUGCCAGGAAGGAGGCCCCAGUGGAAGUGGAUCCCUCGUUUGGCAGCUGGGAGCUCAUUGUGGUUGGCGUGGCUUCCGUCUGUUGGGGCGGGGGGCUCCUCUGCCUCCUGCUCUGGAGGGUCCCUCUUGAGCGCAGCUCCAGCCAGCAGCCUCCUGGGUCCUCCUGCCAUCUCCCAGAAAGGACUCCUGAAGGGUCGCUAGAACUGGACCAGGGGGCAGAGCUGCCCCCCUUGUCAGCCUCGACGGAUAAAGCCUCCCUCCAGAGCCCUGGUCCAGGUGCUGACCCAGAAACGGUUACUGUGGGGAAGCUCUCCUUCAGACCCCAGGAGGUGCUGGGCCGGGGGGCCGGGGGCACCUUUGUGUUCCGAGGCCGCUUCGAUGGGCGCAACGUGGCUGUGAAGCGUUUGCUUCCGGAAAGCGUCCGCUUGGUGGACCGCGAGGUGCGGCUGCUGCGAGAGUCGGACACGCAUCCCAACGUGGUGCGCUAUUUCUGCACCGAGGCCGAUGGGCAGUUCCACUACAUCGCCCUGGAGCUCUGCUCUGCUACCCUGCAGCAGUAUGUGGAGAGCUCCGUCUUCCCUGGAAAGGGCCUGGAUUCACUCUCCCUGCUGAGCCAGACCAUGUCCGGACUGGCCCAUCUGCACUCCCUCAGCAUAGCUCAUCGUGACCUGAAGCCCUGCAACAUCCUGAUCUCGGUCCCCGAUGGGCAAGGGCGGCUCCGAGCGGUCAUCUCCGACUUUGGCCUGUGCAAGAAGCUGCAGGGGGGGCAUCAGAGCUUCAGUCUCGGCUCGGGCAUCCCUGGCACGGAGGGGUGGAUCGCGCCCGAGAUGCUCAGGGAGGACGCAGGGGAGAGCCCAACCUGCGGGGUGGACAUCUUCUCCGCCGGCUGCGUCUUCUACUACGUCCUGUCCCACGGGCAGCAUCCCUUUGGGCACAGCUUCCAUCGCCAGGCCAACAUUCUGGCGGGCACCUAUCAACUGCCAAGGCUCCAGCAGGACACCCACAGCCACCUGGUAGGGCGGGACCUGAUAGAAGCUAUGAUCAGCAGUGACCCCCACCUGCGCCCCUCGGCCGCACAGGUGCUCUGCCACCCCUUCUUCUGGGGCCCCGAGAAGCAGCUGCAGUUCUUCCAGGAUGUCAGUGACCGCCUUGAAAAGGAGCCGGCAGACGGGCCCCUGGUCAGCACCCUGGAGGCCGGGAGCCUGGCGGUGGUGCGAGGGAACUGGCAGAUGCAUCUUUCGGCCCCACUACAGGCAGACCUCAGGAAGUUCCGGAGAUACCAGGGCAGUUCAGUCCGUGACCUGUUGCGAGCCAUGAGGAACAAGAAGCAUCACUACUACGAACUGCCCAGCAACGUCCAGGAGGCCCUUGGCAGCCUUCCCCAUGGAUUCGUCCAGUACUUCCUGGACCGCUUUCCCUGCCUGCUGCUGCACACUCACCAGGCCAUGUGCCUAUGCGCUGCCGAGCGGCUCUUCCAGAGAUACUACUGCCAGGAGGAGUGAGGAGCUUUCCACAAGGACGGGGCAUUUGUCGGCUGCUGCCUUCUGGCUCCUCGGCGUGUUUGGCACAUGCCAGCCUGCCCUGCUCUGGAGGGACCAAUUCAGCACAGGACAUCCGAGCCCCACCUGCCACCUGGUCUGUGACCUGUUGCAAGCCAUGUGAGGGGCCAGAAGCUAAUUCACGGGGCUUCCAGGUGGCCUCAGGCAGAGGGGAGCAGAGGAGGGCGCGUGCCUUCCCUUGAAUUCUCACCUGAAGAGGGUAGGGGAGCAUCACCUGUUGCCGUGGGCUGCACUGCUGAUGCACAGCCUGCCUCAACAUUUUGUUGAGCAGCCCAGGUCCUGCUGUGGACAUUCCAGAGAGGGGAUUCUCCUCUAAAGGCAGCCAGAGGUGCUCAGGCUGGGGUCUGCCCUGCCCCUUAGUUCCCCGCCCCAGCGCAUUUUAUUCCCAGGCUCAUCAUGAAUGUGGAAGCAGGGAGCAUCUCCCGUUGCCUCAGAAACCUUCUGGAGUGGGGGGUUAGUAGCAGAAAGCUGUAAAUCGGGUUUCUUAAAAAAACCUAUCUAUAAAGCAGCAUAUAGAAAGGCCAGAGAAAGGAAGCAAGCAGGACACCUCUGCUCUGCAGCUGGAUGGCCAUCAGGAAGGAGGGCAUUUUCUUUUCUUCAGCCAGGAAGGAUUCUGGCCGCUUAGCAGGGGAAGGGAUGGCAGGGCAGGGGCUCCCCUUGAGCCAAGGUUGCACAAAGAAGGCAAUUUGGAGACCAGACUCAAGAACGUGAAAUGUCGUAACUACCUUUUAAUUCAUUGCACUUACACAGAAGUCCAAGGGUGGACUUGUUUUAGCCAUAAUUUGAUGUACUAGACAGAAUUAGAUCAAAUCUGAAUCAA